CAUACACACAUGCAGGCAAAUCACUCACUCACAGAAAAUAAAAUAGAAAUGAAAUCUCAAAGAUGGAAACUCUCCGCUGCCCAGGUUUCCCACCUGGAAAGUCACUGAGACUGAGCUGUCAAGACACCAAGAGGGGCAGGGUGAGGCCCCACCCACCCCUCCCUUUGGGGCACGCAUUUCAGAGCCCUUCUCUGGCAGGAAUGAUGACAGCUAAGAACGGUUAAUCAUUAACCCCUCAAGAGCCACUGAGGGACCCAGGCUUGGGUGGGGCCUGGCACUUGCAGGAGGGCCCCCACUUGUCCCUACCUCUCUCUCCUCUGAGGUCUGAAGCAAACAAUGGGGGGUACCCCUCCACAUUACCCUGGAGCCAGUGAGAGGCCCUCUCCAGGGUCAUGGGAACCACUCUAGGAGAACUGGAAAAUCCAGUUGCUGGGUCUCUUGGUGCCCCCCACACCAGUGCUGAGGGCCCAGGUAAAGAGUGGCUGUUUCCACUUCCCUUCUGCCUUUGGAGAAGUGAGGUAGCCACAAUGGGGUCUUUGAUGCCCCUCUUGCUCCUCCUGGCUCUCCUCAACAGCUCACAUGCAACAGGGUCAAAGGUUAUUCUGAAAGUAAAGCUUGCGGAAGUUUUCCAGGCCAAGGCCUCCCAGGACUCCAGCUUUCUGGGCAUGCUCGAAAAGAUCUGCCUCCUCCUCCACCUCCCAUCGGGGACCAACAUGACCCUCCAUCACAAGGGGCCACCACACCAUCUCACCUGCAGAACCUGAAGGCAGCUGAAUUCAGCUUUCGGCUUUGGGGAGUGGGUAACGAGAGUGAGCUGGCCUUGACCUAGCAGACCCUCGCCG